AUGGAAUUCUGGGAAAGCGGAAUCUCAGGGUAUCUGGCAUUGUACCUGUUUCUGGGCGAUAAAAUCAUUGCCACAAUCGCUGGCUAUGGGAAAUGGCCACUUCGGGUCUAUGGCGAGUUGAAUUUGGAGAUUGAUUGGGAUCGUUGUUCAAUGUUAGGACCUUUCGUUCUCUGGCCGCUCUACGCGUUUGUUAACCCCGGGAUUUAUUCCCGGCCUCUAGAUAACGACCGUUUGGGCAGCUCUGAUCGACAUUUAUUCAGGAGCAAGGCAAGUUUGACGAUGAUAUCUUGGAGUUUGGUUCUGAAUUCUUCUGAUUCAAAUAUGAACUCGCUCUGUUCUACUCGUGCUCAACUAGGAUGGUCAAUUAUUCCUAAAUAG